AAUCUAAUCCUAGAGGAAUUCUCAAAGGUAGAUUGGGUGAAUAGAUGCAUUUUACAGGGUCAAACCAUAUCAAAGUUCAUAUAUAACAGUGCCUCUAUGCUUGAUCUAAUGAAAAAGUACACUGGAGGACAAGAACUCAUUAGGACCGGUAUUACGAAGUCUGUAUCCAGCUUCCUUUCACUACAGUCUAUCUUGAAGCAAAAGUCGAGGUUGAAGCAUAUGUUUAAUAGCCCUGAAUACUGUACAAACUCCUUGUAUGUAAAUAAACCACAGAGCAUAUCAUGUAUUUCCAUCGUUGAGGAUAGUGAUUUCUGGAGGGCGGUGGAAGAAUCCGUGGCCAUAUCCGAGCCUUUUCUGAAAGUGUUGAGGGAAGUCGCCGGAGGGAAGCCUGCGGUGGGUUCUAUAUACGAGUUAAUGACAAGGGCAAAAGAAUCUAUAAGGACGUACUAUAUAAUGGAUGAAAACAAGUGCAAGACAUUUUUAGACAUAGUAGACAGGAAGUGGCGAGACCAACUCCAUUCACCUCUACAUUCAGCAGCAGCAUUUUUGAACCCUAGCAUUCAGUACAAUCCAGAAAUAAAGUUUCUUAGCUCUAUAAAAGAAGACUUUUUCAAAGUUCUGGAGAAGCUACUCCCUCUUCCCGAAAUGAGACGCGAUAUCACCAGCCAGAUAUUUACUUUCACAAAGGCGAUGAGUAUGUUCGGCUGCAGCCUAGCUAUGGAGGCGAGAGAUGUGGUUUCACCUGGGCUUUGGUGGGAACAAUAUGGUGACUCUGCGCCGGUGUUGCAACGAGUUGCAAUCAGAAUACUUAGUCAAGUUUGCAGCAGUUUCACUUUCGAGAGGCAUUGGAGUGCAUUUCAGCAAAUCCACUCCGAGAAACGCAAUAAGAUCGAUAGAGAAACGUUGAAUGACCUUGUGUACAUAAAUUACAAUCUCAAGUUAGCUAGACAUACAAGAACGAAAUCUAUAGAAGCCGAUCCGAUCCAAUUCGACGAUAUUGAUAUGACUUCAGAAUGGGUAGAGGAGAGUGAUAAUUCGAGCCCGAGUCAGUG